CCCUUUCUUCUGCUUCCUCAGGAGCUAUUUCGGAUGCUACCAGAUAUUAUAUAGUCCAAUUUGCCAAUGUCUAUAUGGGAGAGUUCGAAUUCCAUCAAGUAAGAUCCAGCACUUGUUAUCAUAUGGAUUCAGCUCUAUCUUAUUUACCCUCUCAAAAUAAAUUUGAUGAUUGUAAUUUCAGAGGCCAUACAUAUUAUGCUGA